GGAAGGUGGUGGUGGAAUCAUAGCAACGACCAUGUCGGUUUUAAUAUCUUUCGAUAUGUAUGAUGAUGGCAACCGCAACACACGGUACACGACAAACGCACCAGAGUGGAUGAUUGAGGCUUCUAGUCUUGUUGGUGGCCAAUGAGGAAUUUUAUUUAGAAUGGUAGGUUGUGAGAAUUGAACCCGGGGGUAAAGUGUCAACCUUCACGCCUUAAUACUUGAGCCACACCUUGGUGGUUAAUAUUUGGUUCUACG